UGUAUUUCUAAAACAAAAGCUACAAUGGCGUCUGUGAUUGAGCAAUGUCAAGUUGCGCCAUCUCCCGGCAGUGCAGCUGAGCUCACACUCCCUCUCACAUAUUUUGAUCAUAUGUGGUUAGCUUUCAAUCGUAUGCGGCGGAUUUUAUUCUACAAGCUCCCCAUUUCCAGAUCCGAUUUCGUCCAAACUAUUAUUCCUACUCUUAAAGAUUCACUCUCCCUCGCUCUCACACACUAUAUACCCUUAGCUGGCAAUGUUGCUUGUCCACUAAGUUCUAGCGGUUAUCCUGAGCUGCGUUAUGUAAUAAGGGAUUCUGUGUCAGUUAUUUUUUCUGAGACUGAUAUGGAUUUCAAUUAUCUCAUCAGUAACCAUCCUAGAGAUGCUAAGGAUUUUUAUCACUUUGUUCCUCAGUUGGCAGAAGCUAAGGAUGCACCAGGGAUUCAAUUAGCCCCGGUUUUAGCUAUUCAAGUGACACUUUUUCCGAAUAUUGGCAUAUCCAUUGGUUUCACUAACCAUCACGUCGCUGGUGAUGGAGCUACUAUAUUAGGGUUCAUAAGGGCAUGGGCGUCGCUCAAUAAAUUUAGUGGAGAUGAACAAUUCUUAGCUAAUGAGUUCGUUCCAUUUUAUGAUAGGUCCGUAAUUAAAGACUCUCACGGACAAGCGAUGUCUAUAUGGGAUGUGAUGCAGAAAUUUAAGUUGGAGAUGUGUGAGAUUGUGACUCCUCCUGAUAAGGUUCGAGUUACAUUUAUUAUAACACAGGAUGACAUCACGAAGCUCAAAUAA